ACCAGGGUGGCUACAUUAGUUUUCUCAUGUGUGGUACCCUGUGCGGGUUCAGGAGUGCGCUACGUGCAGGUGCACCCUAUGGACGAGCUGUCAGUCGAGGAGUUAAGGAAAAUCAAAUAACACGUGUGCUACUAACUACUGGAUAAUUAAAGUUCGAAUAAUAAACGAUUGCAACCGAGAUUGCAACAUUGGCGACGAGGCGGGCGCUCUAGAACCCAAGCAGCCGGACGAAGGCAUCCGCCGCUCAAAGGCAUCCGCCGCUCAAAGGCAUCCGCCGGUCGAAGGCAUCCGCCGAUCAAAGGCAUCCGCCGCUCAAAGGCAUCCGCCGCUCGAAGGCAUCAGCCGCUCAAAGGCAUCCGCCGCUCAAAGGCAUCCACCGCUCAAAGGCAUCCGCCGCUCGAAGGCAUCCGCCGGUCGAAGGCAUCCGCCGCACGAAGGGAUCCGCCGCGCAAAGGCAUCUGGCCGGUCGAAGGCAUUCGCUAGACGGAACAUCCACCGCACGGAGUAAGAAAGCUAGAAGCAGUACCAGCUGCGCCGGAAGAGGCAGGACGUGCGAAGGUCGUCCACCACAAACAUGUUUUCUCGGAACUGAUUCGGCAAGACGAUUCAGGAAACCAGCAAGGAUGGAAAGGUUCGAAAUUCCCCCGUUCACAUUCAAGACGCUGCCGGCGAACGAAGUUCGUGACCAAUGGGUCCGCUGGAAGCGAAAUUUCCAGUAUGCAGUUUUUGCCAGUGGAGAAACGAACAAAACAAAACUGAAGUACAUUCUUCUGGCACGGGCCGGUCCUGACCUUCAGGAUGUUUUCCAAACAAUCCCCGGAGCCGACGUGGAAGCGGACGAUACGAAUGGAGUGGAUCCGUACAAAGUUGCCGUUGAAAAGCUCGACGCUUACUUUGCUCCAAAGCACCACGAAUCGAUGGAGCGGAAUAUCUUCUGGACGAUGAAACCAGACCAAGGAGAGUCCAUCGAAAAGUUCCUGUUCAGAGCUCAAGAGCAGGCCAACAAAUGCAACUUUGGCAAAACACAGCAAGAAUGCCGCGAAAUAUGCGUGAUUGACAAGAUCACAUUGUUUGCCCCGCCGGACUUGAAGGAGAAGAUACUUCAAACGGACAAGAACAGCCUGGAUGAUGUCCUCAAGAUUGUCUCAACGCACGAAUCCGUGAAGUAUCAGGCCAGCCAGAUGGUAGCAGCAGGACCGUCCGGUAGUCGUCAACCAUGCCUGGUCCCGGUGGAAGUGAACCGAAUGCACACACAUCCACCAAAGAACCACGCUGUUGAGUGUUCAAGGUGCGGCAAACGCGGGCACUUGGGAAAUGACCCAAGUUGUCCAGCGCUCAACAUCCAGUGUAACCGUUGCCAGAGAAUUGGGCACUACGAGCAAAAAUGUCGAACAGUCAUGGCGAAGGGCGCAGUGAGCCGUGCUACGAACUCAACUCCAAAACCAAAGCGCAGUUUUCAACGAGUACGACCAGUAGAUGAUGAGAACAUCGAUGACGAGGGGGGAGACAAAAGUUUCAUAUUCUCCAUCGGAGAUGGUGACGAAUUUCUGUGGAUCAAGAUUGGAGGCAUCAUGACGCAAGUGCUGAUUGAUUCUGGAAGCAACAAGAACAUAAUUGACGACACGACUUGGAAGCGUAUGAAGGUACAAGGAAUCGAAAUUCGAAAUGCUACCAAGCAGGUCGACAAGCAGUUCAGGGGAUAUGGCAAAGACGCACUACCACUCAGCGUCAUUGGAAUGUUUGAUUCUACAGUCGAAAUCCAGAAUGAGAAUCAACAGAUGCAGGCUGAAGCACGAUUCUACGUCGUCGCAAAUGGAAACCAGCCGCUGCUCGGGAAGGAAACCGCCCAGGAGCUCAACGUACUAAGGCUUGGGCUGCCGGGUCAAGAUGACCGGACCUGGAUGGAACCACUCCGGGAAGAUUCUCCACCAGCACCAUUGGAUACCUCACCGAAGCCUGCUGAUAUCCCUAAUAUUCCGUCAAGGCCAAAGCGAGUUUGCAAACGUCCGCUGAAGUUUGAUGAUUACGUUGAUGUUCCGCUCGAUCAAUAAAGGAAGGGAGAUGUGGUACCCUGUGCGGGUUCAGGAGUGCGCUACGUGCAGGUGCACCCUAUGGACGAGCUGUCAGUCGAGGAGUUAAGGAAAAUCAAAUAACACGUGUGCUACUAACUACUGGAUAAUUAAAGUUCGAAUAAUAAACGAUUGCAACCGAGAUUGCAACAUCAUGU